AUGCUCCACCGCUUGGAGAAGUUCGCCGAAAAAGACCACCCAGGACUGGAUUUUACGCGCCUUGCAAGGGAUAUCUUUGAGAUCGACGGUCCCUCGGGGAGCCACUACUGUAUCGCCUUCAAACCUCAGGGCAAUAGCGUCCGCACAUUGCAGGAAACAUUCCCCAACGCCCAGUUGCGUAAGCAUCUCGUAAAGUCCAUAAUACACCGCUUAUUCUUCGCGGUAAACUGGCUACAUGCAACCUGUAGUGUUGCACAUACAGAGCUAUCGGGUCACCCGUGGCUUACAGACUUUGGUCAAAUGCGUGUCGUAGAGGGACGCAUCAAUCAGGAUUGGUGGAUGUCGGAUCUGUAUCGCGCACCGGAGGUGCUUUUACAGCUUCCUUGGGGGUACCCUGUGGAUAUUUGGUCGAUUGGUGUUAUGACACUGGAACUGCUAGAAGGUAAGAACCUUGUCGAUCCAGUGUAUCGUGUUCAUGGCCAGUACGUCUCUUAA